CCAAAUUAUCUCCUCUACCCUUCAAAUAUCUUAUACGGUCCAAAACAAUGGCGAGAGCCACCAUCUAUUUGCUACCACUAUUAAUCCUCACCCUCCUUUACCUUUCCGGCACGGCGGAGCCGGCCUCCUCCACUGCGGCCGCCUCCUCGUUGAACUUCAUCAAGGCUUCAUGCAGUGCCACCCGCUAUCCUGCGCUGUGUGUCAAAUCUCUCUCAAACUACGCCUCAGCCAUUCAAAAAAGCCCACGCCAACUGGCCCAGACCGCUCUGAACGUGAGCCUAACCCGGGCUGAGUCCACCAGAAAGUUUGUGACAAAGCUAACCAAAUUCAAGGGAUUGAAGAGCAGAGAGUAUGCAGCAAUUAGGGACUGUUUGGAAGAGAUAGGUGAUAGUGUGGACCGGCUUAGCAAAUCAAUAGGGGAGCUCAAGCACAUGGGUAAGGCCCACGGGCCGGACUUUUUGUGGCACAUGAGCAAUGUGGAGACUUGGGUUAGUGCUGCACUUACGGAUGAGAGCACUUGCAUGGACGGUUUUGCGGGUCGGGCCUUGGAUGGUAGGAUUAAGACCUCAAUUCGGGCAUGGGUAACUCAUGUUGCACAAGUCACUAGUAAUGCACUAGCUUUGGUUAACCAGUUGGCCGCCUAGUACCGAGCCCAUUGGUCUUGUGGUUAGCCGGUGGACUAGUCUCAAAAUGUUUUUUAAUUUUACAGUUUAAGCUCAUCUUAUUUUGGUUGUAUAUGAUCUAAAUGUAACGUGUAUGUGUGUGUAUAUAUCAUACUAUAGAUUUGGGGUUUAAUUUUUA